AUGGACCCCUUUCAGGGCCCCCCUGGGGGGGCUCCUGACCCCAGGAUGCUUUUUGAGUCGCCAGUGUUGUGGGCGACCCAAGCCCCCGGGGGCAGCCUCGAGGGCCUGAUAAUAUCUGCUGCGCGACGCAAAGACGCAGCAGCCUUCAUGUCUCUGUGUCGCUCGCUGGCCAGCAGCAGAGGAGCAGCAGCAGCAGCAGCAGCACUGCAGCAAGCUUUCGCGCUGCACUGGGCCGCCUUUUUAGGGUCUGAGGCCCUCAUAACGCAUUUAGUUGCGGACUUGGGUUGUUCCCCCUCCCAGCAGGAAGUGGCAUCUUUGGAAACCCCAAUUUACUUCGCAAUUAAGGCGGGCAACUUUUUGGCUGUGCGCUGCCUCUUGGCUUUGGGGGGGGGUUCGCUGCUGCAGCACCAGAACCGACAAAACAUGACGCCCUUUCUUGUCGCUGCUGGAGAGUUUUGCGAGGAGAAGAUUGGCGACGCUCUGCGCAUAUUGGAGUUGCUGUACCUCCAUGGAGUAUCUCUAGAGGAGCAAGACGAGACUGGCCAGACGGCGCUGAUGUGGGCAGCACGGCGAGGGUCUUUGCCGAUAAUUCAGUGGCUGCUGUCGAAGGGGGCGAACCUGAACCACCGGGACCACCUGGGAGCGACGGUGCUGCAUGCAUGCGUGUGCGGAGCAGCAGCAGAAGAGUGUUUGCUGUUUUUGUGUCUCAAGGGGGGUUUGCUGCUGCUGGGGGCCCCCUACUGGCCGCCGGGGGGCCCCCCUGCUGCUUCAGUACCCUCUUUGUGUCUCGCCCGCCGCAUGCAUCUUCUUGCAGGACUUCUUUGGGCUUAUCAGUUUCAAUUUAAGUUUUUUAAAAAGACUAAUUAUGUCAAGUCCAUUUACGCGGUCUUUUACUGGCUGCUCUCGGGCUCCACGCUGCUGCUGCUGCUCUCCAUGACUGCCUUCCUCCUCACCAGCAGCAGCAGCAGCAGCAGCAGCAGCAGCAGCAGCAGCAGCCUGCUGCAGGCGCUGCUCGCGCUCGCCCUCUGGGCAGCAACGCAGGCCCUCUGGAUCGCCACUUUUGCUGCCGAUCCCGGGAUCGUCCCCGGCAGCCGCAACAGAAUCAAAGACCAGUUCGCCUCCGUAGACCCGCGUUUCACCAAAGAAGUUUUGACUACCAUUCGGUGGCCGUUGGGACCUUCCUACGGGCCCUAUCACUCUAAGCUUGAAGAAAUCGAUCGGAAGACGCUGCUGACGAACCUUUCGCUGUGCGAGCUGAACGCCUCCGUGCGGCUGCGGGGUUUGGCUGAGGGUUUGGGAGAAGAGGGGGUUUACGUGACAGCAGCAGAAGACGCGGAGUUUGCUGCAGCAGCAGCAGCACUUGCUGCGCUGCGCGCAGCAGCAGCGCAGCUGCAGCAGGGCCUUGCUGCUGAGCGCCAGAAACGCCUCAGCCAGCUGUACGUACACUCCAUUCUCCAAGGAGAUUCAGAUUCUCUCAAACAGAUUUGUGUCACUUGUAAUAUUCUCAAACCCACUCGCGUCCACCACUGCGCAGAAUGCGCGCACUGCCUCCUGCGGCAGGACCACCACUGCAUGUGGGUGGACAACUGCAUUGCUGCUGGAAACACUCGCCAGUUUGUUUGCUUUUUGACUUUCUUGUCUCUUUCAAUUGUCUCCUUUUCUUCGCUGGCCUGGCAGUACGCAGCGCAGGCCAUCACCCAGCCGUCUCAAUGGCUGUGGCUGCUGCUGACUCUGGCCCUGGGGGCCUCCAACCUCGCGUGGCUUUUCUUUGCUGUUUAUUUACUCCUCCGUACUGGCCGCAGCAUUCUCUCCAAUGUGACUUACUUCGAAUUCCUCAAGAAGCCGCCGCAUAUCGUGCGGCGUUUCAAAGGAAGAACAGAAGGAUGGUUGUGGGAUCUCACGGGCGUCUCGUUACCCACUAUGAUUAAGAACGUGUUCUGGUUCUGGAGGAAUUCGCCGAAGCUAGAUGAGGUGUACAUACAUCCCAACGACGGACCUGCUUCGGAGCUCCCUGAGGUCUAUGACCCCAAAUUGUCUUCUCGCUCCUACCUAUCCCAGCCGGGGCUCUUCAGUGCAGAAAGGCUCCUGGGGGGCCCCCCAGGGUCUAGGCCUGGGAGAGGGGGGCCCCCCUGA